AUGUCUUGCUGUGGAGGAAACUGUGGCUGCGGCUCUGGCUGCAAGUGCGGCAGUGGCUGCAAUGGAUGCGGUAUGUACCCAGACUUGAGUUUCUCUGAGACCACCACAACUGAGACGAUCAUUGCAGGUGUUCCUCCAGUUAAGAUGUACGUGUUAUAUGAGAGGUCUGAGACGAGCUUUGGUGCUGAGAAUGGCUGCAAAUGUGGAUCAAACUGCACCUGUGAUCCAUGCACCUGCAAAUGA